AUGGCACUGAAGCCCCCAUAUUCCCCAGAAUCUGGUGGGGCAUCUCGGAGCCGGACGCAGACGGAGACAGUGCACUUCUGGGAGUAUCUAGAGUCUCUUUUAGAUGCAGCCGAUUGUACCAGCGAAGCACAAGUGAACUCCGCCCUAGUUGCGUAUGUGAAGACGGCGUCAGAACGGUACGGGGAAUACCUCGUAGAGGACAGGGACUUCUACCGGGUGGCACUUCUACUACUCCGCGCUCCGCUUUACGAGCGCAAUAAGUCAUUUUGCAUAUCGAAGAUGCUCUCGCUCUUGAGUAUCGACCUGCUUGAGAUGAGCAUGAAAUUCGUCAUCAGCUAUAUCCUGCUAUGUGAAUGCAAGGCCGACUCGUCGUCGCUUGACCACGUUCUGGACUAUCAGGGCUUCACGGUGAUAUACAACAAGCUCUAUGAACAUUUUGCAUAUCUUCACCGCUACUCGGACGAUGAAGAGACGACUUUCGAGGCCAACAUCACGGAAUUGGACGAGGAAAUCAAUGAAGAGUUGAGGAAGAUUUCGACCGUGUUGCUCGACCUCCUAUUCCAGAUUCUCAAGUAUUCAAAGUGCGAGCUUGCCAAUCUUCAGCGGGUGGAUGAUUUCUUCGUGUACUACAUGAUGGUGUCUCUUCGCUCGGAUACGGUCGAGGACAUGUACAACAACGCCAAGUUUCGGCUGCUACUGGCUCUCAACGAGCAAUAUAUGAUAUCUAACCACAAAGCAGGUCUUGAAAACAAGGUGUAUGCGUACUUGAUGAAUCACACCGCCUCGAAACAAUUCGUGGAGUUACUACUUUUGCAAUUCAACCGGACUGUUGAUAAGUCCUUGCAGAUUAUGAUGUGCAAAAUCAUUUACCUCAUUUUAACCAGCAGGGAUGAAAUUGCGAUGGACUACUUUUACUUGAAUGACCUACAUGUGGUCACGGACGUAUUGAUCAGGAACUUGACCAAUAUUUCUGAGGAUGAAGAAGUAUUACGCAAUACAUUUUUACGUAUAUUGGAUCUAAUAUUAAGAAAGACCGAAUGGACUCAAUCGCACUAUCGAGAGCAGGAACUCCUAGAGCUCCUUGAGUACCUCUGCUCAGUGGAUAAUCUAUGUUCUUCUGGUAAUGUGAAAUCGGAGCAUAUGUCAACCACAAAGCUUGCGUUCAAGUGCCGACAGGCGAUCAGACAGUUGAAAGUCGAACAAAAAAAAUCAAGAGACGCUGCCGCGGCUCCAGCUCCUCGCCCCAAGACUCCUGAGCCUCGGUUCGAACGGACAGAUUCGCAUAUGAGCGUUCCUAUGGAUAAAAUUACUAGGGCGAUUGGCCGUAGUCCAUUUGCAUCUCCACCCCCGCCUCCGCCGUCUCGAAGGGUAUGA